AUGCGUGCAUCCGCCGACAUCUCAUAUGCACACAUGUCUCCACCAACACCCAUCAACGCCAACGAUGACCCGGGCAAUGUCAAGGUCGUGGUGCGAUGCAGGGCCUUCGUUCCUAGAGAAAAGGAAAAGGGCACAAAAUGCCUGAUCCGAAUGGACCCAGCGACCCAGAAGACGACGCUCUAUGCGCCCGAAGACAGCGACAGCAAUGGACGCCGAUUUCAUGAGGACAAGGAGUUCACCUUCGAUCGCUCGUACUGGUCGCACGACGAGAGUGACCCGCACUAUGCGCACCAGGAGGAUGUAUACCGCUCUUUCGGUGAGGAGUUCUUGGAUCACAACUUUGCCGGCUACCAUACCUGCAUCUUUGCCUAUGGCCAGACGGGUUCGGGAAAGAGUUACACCAUGAUGGGCACGCCGGAAAACCCAGGCCUGAUUCCGCGAACCUGCGAGGAGCUGUUUGCCAGAAUAAGGCAUGAGCCGUCACCCAACACCAACUACCAUGUCCAAGUAUCCUACUUUGAGGUCUACAACGAGCACGUGCGUGACUUGCUCCAGCCCAGGACGAACCCGCCUGUCUACCUCAAGAUUCGUGAGAGUCAGAAGGAUGGCGUCUAUGUACAGGGCCUGACCGAAGCCGAAGUCAAGUGCUAUGCCGACGUGGCGCGCCUGAUGAAGAUUGGCGACAUGAGCCGGACAGUUGCUUCUACUAAAAUGAACGACACUUCAUCCCGCUCCCACGCGGUCUUCACUAUCCGCCUCAAGCAAAUCACUCAUUCUCUUCUUUCAGACGAGACCAUUGAGCGUACAGCACGCAUGCGUCUGGUCGACCUUGCUGGCUCAGAACGUGCAAAGUCAACAGAAGCCACAGGCGCUCGUCUGAAAGAGGGGGCACAAAUCAACAAGUCUCUCACGACACUUGGUCGUGUCAUUGCUGCCCUGGCCGACCCCCGGCGACACGGUGCCAAAGGGCGACGACCACGCGAGGUGGUUCCAUACCGUGACUCGGUGUUGACUUGGCUUCUCAAAGACUCUCUUGGUGGUAACAGUAAGACAGCUAUGGUUGCGUGUAUAGCUCCAUCCGACUAUGACGAGACUCUAUCCACCCUACGCUAUGCCGACCAAGCCAAGCGCAUCCGUACCCGUGCUCUUGUCAACCAGGACUGCAUGUCUGCUGCACAGCGAGAUGCUCAAAUUGCCGAGAUGUCGGAACAGAUCCGAAGUCUACAGGUGUGCGUAAAUGCUGCUAGCCAGCGCAAGAGGGAAGAAGCGACCGAGCUGGAUGAGUAUCAGAGGCAGGUUGCACUCAUGCAACGUCUUAUGGAAGAGAACCGCCAAGUUUCAGCUGCAAAGAUCAAAGCACUUACUUCGGAAGUCGAAGAGCUCCGUCCGCUCAAUACGGCUCUCCGUGCAGAGAUUGACACAUUGCGCCGCCAUCUCGCUCUUGCCCUUGGAGAGCUCAAGAACCCUAUCGUCCUGCCGCCACCGCGUGAGCUCGGUACGCCAGACUUUGAGAACGGAGAGUGGCUGGGCGAAGGAGAUGAGGUAGACCGGUCUAUGGGAGCUGGUGGUGACGCAGAGGCCAGUGGUGAUGAUGACUCUGAUUCAGGCUACGAUGAAGGUGACCAGCACGAUGAGUUGGCACAGGAGCUGCAGAACGAGGCAGAAUCAUUCCUCCAAGAUCUCGGCCUGUUCCGCAAGAAGGUUGGUAGCGAUGUGGAACGAUUUGGAAUGCACGAGAAACUUGCCGGUAUGAUGGAGAAUGGACUAUAA